AUUAAACAUUGUAAAUGAAUAUGGGAUCCAUCGAUUCACCAAAGCCGACCACCCCAUUUCUGCAAUUUCCUUUCUCCGCGCCGAUCACGAGAUAUCCAUUUCACCCCCACCGGCGAUUCGCCCUACCAGCCGCAGCCGCGAUCUGCCACCUUCCACCGCGAUUCGCCGCUCCCCUUUCCCCUCCACCGCUUUCUGCCCCGUCACCAAGUCGCCGUCAGAGAUCUGCCCAUUCCACCUUCUCCGAUGCCACCUCCAUUUCCCUCACCGGCCCCAGCCUCAAAUUAUAAACACCAUGGACUCGCCGCCGUCAAAUUGCUGAUCCAAGCAUAGUCUACGCCUUAAUGACUAUUGCUUCGCGAUUCAACCAUGGAUUCUCGCCGCGUCGGGUUGAAAGCUCAAAACUGCACUUCUCCCACCACGAUUCGCCCCGCCGGCCUCCGCCGUUAUCUGCCACCUCCCUUUCUCCCUCCCCCACCGCGAUUCGCAGCGUCGGCCCUGCAUCGAUCUACCCAAGACUCGGUCGGCUGUCAAUUCUGCACCCCGUAUCUGAUCUAAGAGUUUUCCGGAACAAGCGUUUGAUUGAGGGAGCAGAGCAAACCUUGCAGAAAAGAAGGUCCGAGUUUUUGUAUUUCUUCAUAUUGCAGCACCAAUAUUUCUCCUUCUUUUUGCCUUUUCUUUUUUUUUCCGGGAUUUGCUGACCGUAGUUUAGUUGCUUGCCUCAUUGCUGUAUACUUCGAUGGAAGAAAGAUUUGGAUAUGAGGUGAUAUUGUAGUUUAUACUUCUCUUGGCUUCCUAUUGAAUUUUAUGAAAUGUUCAUUUUUAACAGAA